UGUUCUGUUUCUUCCCAGGGUUUUUUCAUCCUGUGAAAAUGCAAGCGCUUUGCAGAUGAUGCAUCUCCAUCUCUAUCUGUAUACUUUACUUCAGUCAAAAACAAGAGAGAGAAAAACAAUGGUCCUCAUGUACCCCAUGUAGCUUUGGCAGUGUGUGCCAUCUCCCAGCAGCAGCAUUUAGCCACACAUGCCGUACUGCUUUCCUCUUAACCCACCCACUUCCUCUCCACUGCUCCUACUGAAUUGUGUUGAAAUGAGCCCCAGAACUGUGCCAUUUCACCUGCAGGCACCCAGCCCGGCUCAGCCCGUGUUCUCCCUGUGAUUUCCAGGGCACUACAUGUACGUGGACUCGGUUUAUGUCAAGCACUUCCAGGAGGUGGCGCAGCUCAUCUCCCCGAUGACCACCGCCCCCAUGUCCGGCUGCCUGUCCUUCUAUUACCUCCUCCAGCAGGCAGAUGACAACGUGUUCGCCCUCUACACGCGGGACCGGGCGGGCCUGUAUGAGGAGAUAUGGAAAGUGGACAGUCCAGGGAACGCGGCCUGGAACCUUGCGGAGGUCGAGUUCAGUGCUCCUUACCCCAUGGAGGUUAUUUUUGAAGUUGCUUUCAAUGGUCCCAAAGGAGGAUAUGUUGCCCUGGAUGAUAUUUCUUUCUCUCCUGUUCACUGCCAAAAUCAGACAGGUAAGCAUUCUCUUUUUUUCCUUCUACCCUUUUGUAACUUUUCUUUCUUAACAGACACCUGGUGUCAGGACAUGAUUUAAAUUGUCUUUGAUUUCCUCAUCUUUUCUCUUUUCCAUUCCUUAAAAAAUUAAUGACCUGAAUUGUCACUUUCCUGGAAUAUUACCCAUUUUUGUCACCCACGGAGUGAGUUUAAUUUUUCUGAAACCAAUUUUUCCCUACCUUCCAGUAAAGGAAAUUUAAAUAAUAUUAACUUAACUCUAACUCAUCUUUGUAUCUUGAUGCGUGGCAGGAUAGAUGGGGGAAAAUGCUUACAACCUACUGAAG